AUAAACUCUGCAGGUUGUUAAUGAAUUCUUCAGAUCGGACUCAUUAUUCAGAUCUGCUGUUUGAUGUUCACUGCAACAUAAAAUCAACAUGAAGUGGAUUAAAUGUCUAAUCUGGGGCAGUGAUGGAGGUCAGAUCUGAGGAGGAGAGGAGGAAAAACCAAAUGUAGGACAGGAAGAGGAGGAGGAGGAUGAAGAGUAACAAAAAAAGAGAGUUAGAUUCAGCUUCUGAAUCAAACCAGCACUCUCCAGCUCAGACUGACUGCUGUUUGAAUCAUCGACUGAUCCUCCUCCUCUCAGACAGCGGGAGGAGGAGGUGGUGGUGGUGCUCUUCAGUCUCAGAUUCAGCUCAGAGAAGGAACAAAGCUGAAGUGAAACAGGAUCCACUGAUGUGACUCAUCCCGACUCUAAAACCAAACACGAUCAGAGCUGAUCUGAAGGUUCCUGCUUUCACUGAUGAUCGCUGUGAAGAGAUGAUGUUUGGAAGGAACUGAGGUUUUCACAAGAAGAUGAAAAUGUCAUGAUGAUGAGAUGGAGCAGGAAGAUGGAGUCUGCAAACUGCAGCCAGGUUUUAUUUUUAACAGAAAACUGAGUUUGGAAACAGAAAAGAUGGAGACAUCUGGAUGCAGCCUCAAGUGAAGGUGACACAGUGUGAAUUUUUACCAAAGACAAAGUGAAGUUUGGAAGCUGCCUGUGGAGAUUAUCAGAGGAAACAGCUACAGUUUUAUAACAAAGAGAGUUUCAAACAGACUGAAGCUGAGGUUUGGAAGCACAGCCUUGAGUUCUUAUUAAGAGAAAAUAAAGUUUCUAACAAUGUUUUACUAACAAAGGAAAACAUCUGGAAGCAGCUGCAUCUUUUUAACCAACAGACGAUAAAGUCGGAUGUUUUCACAAAGAAAUAAAUGAAGUUUGGGAAACAGCAGCUCAGGAAAUAAAGUUAAAAUAUUAAGCUGAGAUAAGAUGAAGUUUGGGAGCAGCUUUUGCACCCUGAAUGUUGGCGGUCGCAGGUUUUCCUGCUCGGCGGAGCUGAUGAAGCGCCUCCCUCUCAGCAGACUCAGUCGGCUGCAUCGCUGCGUAUCGGAGAGCGAGCUGCUGGAGCUCUGUGACGACUACGACCGCGACAGGAACGAGUUUUUUUUCGACCGCCACUCGGAGGCCUUCAGCUUCAUCAUGCUGUAUGUGCAGCACGGUAAGCUGCGCUUCGUGCCGCACAUGUGCGAGCUGUCCUUCUACAACGAGAUGCUGUACUGGGGCCUGGAGAGCUCCGACCUGCAGCCCUGCUGCCAGCGACGCCUCGACGACCGCAUGUCCGACUGCUUCGUCCACUUCUUCCCCGAGGAGGAGCCACGGGGCCCGAGGGAGCCCCAGAGCCGCUGGCUGGAGAGGAUGAGGAGGACGUUCGAGGAGCCCACCUCCUCGCUGGCGGCACAGAUCCUCGCGUCGGUGUCGGUGCUGUUCGUGGUCAUCUCCAUGGUGAUGCUGUGUGCCAGCACUUUACCGGACUGGAAGACCACCGAGACCCUGGACCAGCACAGGAUCAUCGAGGCGGUCUGUAUCGGUUGGUUCACAGCUGAGUGUAUCGUCCGUUUCCUGGUUUCUCGUGAUAAAUGUGAGUUUGUCCGUCGUCCCCUGAACAUCAUCGACCUGUUGGCCAUCACGCCGUACUACAUCUCCGUCACCGUGACGAUCCUGACAGGGGAAAACUCUCAGCUGCAGCGUGCGGGCGUCACGCUGCGCGUCCUGCGCAUCAUGCGGAUCUUCUGGGUGAUCAAGCUGGCGCGUCACUUCAUGGGCCUGCAGACGCUCGGCCUGACGCUGCGCCGCUGCUACCGCGAGAUGGUGAUGCUGCUGGUCUUCAUCUGCGUCGCCAUGGCGAUCUUUAGCGCACUGGCCCAGCUGCUGGAGCAUGGCCUGGACCUGGAGACCGGAAACCAGGAUUACGCCAGCAUCCCCGCCGCGUGCUGGUGGGUCAUCAUCUCCAUGACCACGGUGGGAUACGGUGACAUGUACCCGGUGACGGUGGCAGGCCGCGUGCUGGGCGGCCUCUGCGUGGUGAGUGGCAUCGUGCUGCUUGCGCUGCCCAUCACCUUCAUCUACCACAGCUUCGUCCAGUGCUACCACGAGCUCAAGGUUCGUUCCGCCCGCUGCACCCACAGCCUGUCUGCAGACUUCAUGAACUGAAAGACUACAGGAAGAACUACAGGAAUUUCCUCAGACAUCAGAGUCUAACGCUGCUUUCCAGUUCUUCUCUGAAGUCUGAAUUUCCGAGUUUCCAGUCAGAAGUUUGAACCUGAACGCCUCCUGAAGUCGGAGCAUCCCCGACAUCAGAAUCCAAGAUGGCUGUUCCUAGCAACUGUUGCUAACAACAGCUAGUCUGACAUACGACUGAAUUAGUUCACUUUCAUGGUUUAAUGUUCCAGGUUUUAAAUGUGAACGUCUUUUUAACAACGUCCUGAAGAGUUUGUGUUCAACUCAUUUCUUCAGGUGGAGCAGAUUUGAAAGAGCAGAUAUAAAGUCUUUCCUGUCGCCGUCACUCUGAGUUCUGACCUCCAAUGUAAAUGGAACCAAACCCACAAAGAGUCGCAUUAGGUCCAACAAAAACUUUUCAUAUUUUUACUACCAGGUUUUGUUUUAUGCCUUCAGGUUGGUCUCAGGUUUCCGGAGCCUCAGUUUGUGUUUUAUAUCCACAGAAAGAAUCGAACACAGUUUAUUUUACAGGUGCUGUAGUUUCUGGAUCAUUUCCAGUGAAGUUUCCUGGACAGAGCUAUGUAAACACAGUGUUCAGUUAAACAGCCCACGCAGCUGUGCAGACCAACAUGUUGUUGACUUUUAGAGGACAAAAAUCUGCGCUCCAUGUACAGACACAUAAAUAUUCAUCUCCAUAUCUGUUGAUUUGUCUAAAACUCAAGCUCAAUGAAUCUGAGUGAUCAGUUCUCACUGCUCCACCUUCUCUGACAGAGGUUGGUUUAUUUUUUAGAACCAAUGAGAUGAAAAAUAAACUUUGUUUCAUCAGAUCCUGAGUUUCUCUGCUGCAGAGUUCAGUCUCUGGAACCAGAUACAGGUCUUAACGACUGAAUCAUUGAUCAUCAAUCAGUUCUGACAGACUGAAACACCCAUCCUCCAUCCAGACUCCAUGAUCCUCACACAGAAACAUCCUCCUCACACUAUCUGAUAUUUAUAAAAGCAGAACAUCUUCACCUCUGACAGACCUCAGAUCAGAGUGAACACAGGUCAGACACACAAUCUUUGUUUCAGUUUGUGUUGUUGAUGUUUUUGUGUAAAAUGUCAAAGGUUCAUUUAUAAACUUCACUUUAAAGGAUU